AAAAAAACGCAUCUCGAUGAGGGGAACCAACUUCGACACGACCGAAUGGAAAUGGCUUACACUGCAGUUCCAGUUCAGCACGAGACAAACCGCAGGGUGCCGUGACCGAGAGCUAGAAUAUGAUAUAAAGCCGGACGUGUAUUGAUCGGGACCCUGCUUGUUUUCGUUGUGUAGCGGAAGAUGCUGCAGUUAGGGGACGGCUGGAGCUGUUUCUCGGCUCUGUUUGUGCUCGUCUUGCUCGGCACCCGGAGCGCGGUGUGCUCGGUCGGUAUCACUGCGGUCCUCUACCUCUUCCUGGUGGUCUUCCGUUUUCCACAAGUCCCCGCGAGCCGGGCUAGGCAGGUGCUGCGGCCCGGGAGGCUCGCGCCCGUCGGGGUGUCGGUGGUGGCUCACAGGGCCGGGGCUCACGACGCGCCGGAGAACACCAUCGCGGCGAUCAGAGCGGCCAGUGCGAAUGGGGCGACAGGAGUGGAGCUGGAUCUGGAGUUCACCUCUGAUGGCGUUCCCAUCCUGAUGCAUGAUGAUACCGUGGACCGGACCACCAACGGAUCGGGACCGCUCAGCAAGCUGCGCUUCUCGGAGGUCGGCAAGCUGGAUGCAGCUGCCAAACAUAGACUCAGUGAACGUUUUCGUGGAGAGAAGGUUCCGACUCUGCAGGAGGCGGUGGAGGAGUGCAUCAGGCACAAGCUUAUCAUCUAUUUCGAUGUCAAAGGUCACCCGGAUGAGGCGGCGGCGGCUCUGAAGCAGCUCUAUAAGAAACACCCGGUGCUUUACAACUCCAGUGUGGUGUGUUCCUUCGAGCCUAAAGUCAUCUACAGGAUGAGGCAGGCUGAUCCCGAGGUCGUGACGGCGCUGACGCACCGGCCGUGGAGCCUAAGUCACUUCGGCGACGGAUCGCCGCGGUUCUCAUCGCCAUGGAAACAGCACUGGAUGCAGGUCCUGGAUGUGUUGCUGGACUGGGCGCAUCAUCAACUGCUGUGGAAACUGUGCGGCGUGUCAGCUUUCCUACUGCAGAAAAACUACAUCUCCACGGAUACGGUGAAGUACUGGGCCGAUCGCGGCGUCGAGGUCGUUGCCUGGACCGUGAAUACGGCCGUGGAGAAGAAGUUCUACCAGCAGCAACUGAACAUCAACUACAUCACAGACAGUCUGACGGAGGACUGUGAGCCGCACUACUGACACUUCACUCGGCAACGACAUCAUUCCCAAUGCAAAUGCAACACAGCAUUCGGCCUUAAGUUAUUAGAAGUCACUGAUACUGCUUUCAUCGGUUUAUAAUGUGUAGUUACUGAAGUCAAUGGAGUGUAUGACGAGGCUUCUCAGCAAACAUUUGGACAUUUGAUGACCGUUGAAAUGACGUCCCUCCGACACGUCUCGUCAUGGUUGAAAAACAGUUACAAAAUGAAAGUUGAACGGACGUGUUUAACAUUAUCUGAUUUACAACAGCUCUCAUAAAUUGUUCUGGGUUGUUGACGGUAUCUGGAAUAUCAGAGUGUAUGAUCUUUCAUUUCCUCUAGUAGGUUCUGGGAGUUAUAUAGUAAAGUGGCAUGUGCUUUAAGUUAUAUUAUAUAGUUUUUUUUUCCACAGUAGACCUGCUUAACCAGCGGUUUAAAGGUGCUAGCAUUGUACACUAUCAUGAACAAGAUCGCCACAAGGUGGUGCUAAAGUGCUGCUUCGGAAGUCUGGGACUCACAAUGUCAUCACAUCAGAAAAAUAGUACAGGACAUUUCUAGGUACAUUAUUGGUCUUGACAUAUUUCAUGAUUUUUAAAGAGACAAAACUGAGGGAGUGAUGUUUUUUUUUUUUCUUUCAAAUUUUCCACCACAAAUAACAGUACAUUGUAGAGAAG